CACAAUCGCAGACUUCUUACCAGGCGAGAGACCACUGCGUUUCUGGCACAUCGGUCGCUCUCCGGGUAAAGAAUGAAAGACAAGUACCUGCCUAAGUCCGUGUCGUAAACACACUUGAAACGAUUCUAUUAUGUUUUUUCCCACAAACAUAAGGCAUGCAAGUCAAACCCUACUCUGUCAGGAAAUAACCAAAUAUAUUCUUUGUUUCUAACAAGAUCAAUUUUCUAUUAAAUUAUUUAUUAACAAAGGCUGUCUACAGUGAUCAAGAUUAUGUUCGAUUUCGGAUAGUGAAAAUAUCGCAACGCUAAUAACUAUGGCAAAAAGAAUAUCCACAAUUGGAGCAGACAAGACAAAAGUCACAUUUUGCACGGACGUGGACAAAUCCGUGAUAGUGCAUAAUUUUGAGAAGAGAGGAUGGGUUCAAGUUGGUCCAGAAGACGAUUGGAACUUCUAUUGGGCAGCUACUCAAUCUUGCAGAAAUAUAUUCAGCGUCGAAACGGGAUACAGAAUGGAUGAUAAACAAAUAAUUAAUCACUUUCCAAAUCACUAUGAACUAACGAGAAAAGAUCUGCUGGUGAAGAACAUAAAACGGUACCGGAAGGAGUUGGAGCGUGAAGGUAAUCCGCUUGCGGAAAGAGGCGACGGCCCGGGAAAAUAUCUUUAUCUUGAUUUCAUUCCAGUAACAUUUGUCUUACCAGCAGAUUACAAUAUGUUCGUAGAGGAAUACAGGAAGUCGCCUCAAAGUACAUGGAUCAUGAAACCGUGCGGCAAAUCGCAGGGUGCAGGGAUAUUUCUAAUCAAUAAAUUAAGUAAAUUAAAGAGAUGGUCUCGCGAGGCGAAAAACCCGUUUAAUCCUAAUCUGACGAAGGAAUCAUACGUUAUAUCUAGGUAUAUUGAUAAUCCAUUGUUAAUUGGAGGCAAGAAAUUCGAUCUCCGAUUAUACGUUCUCAUUACCUCCUUUCGUCCAUUAAAAGCCUACCUCUUCAAGCUCGGAUUUUGCCGCUUUUGUACAGUCAAAUAUGACACUAGCAUACAAGAGCUGGAUAACAUGUACGUGCAUCUUACCAACGUAUCCGUUCAAAAGCAUGGCGAAGAAUAUAACAGUAAACAUGGAGGUAAAUUGAGUGUACAUAAUUUGAGACUGUAUCUGGAAAGCACCCGUGGAAAAGCGGUUACAGGAAAGCUGUUCGCGAACAUCACAUGGUGCAUCGUGCACUCUUUGAAAGCAGUUACUCCAGUUAUGGCGACCGAUCGACAUUGCUUCGAGUGUUAUGGCUACGAUAUCAUCAUUGAUAACGAUCUGAAGCCAUGGCUUGUAGAGGUAAAUGCAUCUCCCUCAUUGACCUCCACUACGGUGAACGAUCGAAUAUUGAAGUACAAACUGAUCGACAACAUAAUUUCAAUUGUUGUACCACCUGAUGGUGUUCCAGAUGUAAAAUGGAACAAGUGUCCACCAGCUGAGGCAUUGGGAAAUUUCGAGCUUCUCUUGGACGAAGAAUUAUGUUCUCAAGAAGAGAAAGAGUAUUCGUCCGGCAAAUAUCGAAGUUCUUCCAGCAAAUGGAAAUAAACGAUGGACAAUGAAUUUAAUUUAUUAAUUAU